AUGAUCCUGUACGGCGGAGGAGCACCCAAGGAGGACGUUGGAUCAGACGGAGGAGAUGGAGGUAUGGUUUUGAAGAAAGGUCCGUGGACGGCGGCUGAGGACGAGACACUUGCGGCUUACGUUAGGGAAUACGGAGAAGGAAACUGGAACGCGGUUCAGAAGAAGACGUGGCUGGCUCGGUGCGGCAAGAGCUGCCGCCUCCGCUGGGCUAACCACCUCCGACCUAAUCUCAGGAAAGGCUCCUUCACCGCAGAAGAGGAACGUCUCAUCAUCCAGCUCCAUUCUCAGCUCGGCAACAAAUGGUCUCGCAUGGCUGCUCAGUUACCAGGAAGGACAGAUAACGAGAUAAAGAACUACUGGAACACGAGGUUGAAACGCUUCCAACGCCAAGGCCUUCCUCUCUACCCUCCAGAUAUUUCCCCAAACAAUCAUCAACAACACGAACAGCAACAGCAGACGUAUCAUCAACAGCCAAACACUCCUUCAUCUCCUCUUCCGUCUCAAACAACAGCUUCUUCCUUCUCCUUCCACACUCCAACCCUCCCUCUCUUCACCUUCCCUAAACCACCACCGCCUUCUCUGCGUCCCAAACGUUCUUACGACACUGCCUUCAAUGGCUUCUCUACUAAGCCCUCUUAUACUUCUUCUCCAACCACUUUCCUUGUCUCUUCCCCGUCCUUUCUUCACACUCCUCCCUCCUAUCAAUCUACCAAUCCGGUUUACUCCAUGAAACAUGAGCUCCCUACAAACCAAAAUCCAUACUCUGCCUCUUUAGGUGUCUAUGAAGUAAGCAACUUCUCAGACAAUGGCAAUUAUAACCAAAGCCUUAACACCGGUUUGGAUAUAAGUACAUGUCAGCUGUUAGAGAAUGUGAUGGAGGAGGUCGAGGCUUUAACCGAUGGCUGCUGGGCUCCUAAGCGGAGACAACUCAUGGACAACAACUUCGUCUUUUCGGGUAGUUUCGGACAUUGUGGUUUUUCCAACAAUAUAUGUUCCCUGCAAGGUUUAAAUCCAAAGGAAGACGAGUCUCUCCAGAUGAACACGAUGCAAGAUGAGGACAUAGCAAAACUUCUUGACUGGGGAGCAGAAAGCGGAGAGAUCUCAAACGGGCAAUUCUCUGUCUUAACAACAGAGGACAACCUCGUCCUUGACGAUCACCAGUUCGCUUUGCUGUUUCAAGUUGAUGACGAAGACGACAACAGUAACAACAAGAACAUUACCAUUUCCUCCUGCUCAUGGGACAACUUGCCAGAGAUAUGCUAG